AUGAAUUGUGAAAGUUUUCUCUAUAUUUUGCUUAUUAUGUCUUCGUGCAAUAUUGUGAUGAAUAAGUUACAUUGCCGUCAAGAUUCUUGUGAGGCACCUGUGGUUGAAUAUGUUGUCCGGGUUGAUGGAACUUUUUCUGAUGCAAAGGCAGUUGCACGUCUUCAUGGUUUGGAGUUAAUUGAUAAAAUGAUUGGUUUCGAAGGAAUCUACAUAAUGCACUUAAAACAAAUUGGAUCUAAAAAGCGUAGACGUCGCUCUCCACGUGAUAUCAGUGGUCCUGGGGUAUGGGUGUUUACGGGCUUACACUUUUAG